UUCGGUCUCCACUAACAAUGGGGUUGAUGUUGGGCAGUUUACGCAGGACGGACUACAAAACACUUUUUCGAUAUAUAAAAUUGCGCACUCACCAACUUCUCUGCGUCAUACUUCGAGUGGCUAAGUUGUUCCCACUCACUGCGCACGGAAGAUACCGCAGAAUGGAAGAAUUCAAGGGCCAGCCACGGCUCCCCAAGUUCGCUGUCCCGAAACGCUACGAUAUUCGCCUGAAACCCGACCUCUCCGCCUGCAAAUUUGGAGGUUCGGUUGCCAUCGACCUUGACAUCGUCGACAAUACUCGAUUCAUCGUCCUCAAUGCUGUCGAACUCUCCAUCGACAACGCUUCCGUUUCGUUUUCUCCCCGGAGGUCUUCUAAGGUGUUCCAGCCAUCUAAAGUUGAGUUGAUUGAUGAAGAUGGGAUUUUGGUGCUGGAAUUUACUGAAACACUUCCGAUUGGAGUGGGAGUCUUGGCCAUCGGGUUUGAAGGGAUCUUGAAUGACAGAAUGAAGGGGUUCUAUAGAAGUACUUACGUGCAUAAUGGUGAGAAGAAGAACAUGGCUGUUACACAGUUUGAGCCUGUUGAGGCUAGACGAUGCUUUCCAUGUUGGGAUGAACCUGCUUGCAAGGCUACAUUCAAGAUCACUUUAGAUGUGCCUUCUGAACUGGUGGCCCUUUCAAACAUGCCAGUCAGUGAGGAGAAGGUGCAUGGAGCUCUGAAGACAGUUUCCUAUCAAGAAUCGCCAAUCAUGUCCACAUAUUUGGUGGCAGUUGUUGUUGGUUUGUUUGAUUAUGUGGAAGAUCAUACAUCUGAUGGGGUCAAAGUUCGAGUGUACUCUCAAGUUGGGAAGGCAAAUCAAGGGAAAUUUGCUCUGCAUGUUGCUGUGAAGACACUUGAAUUAUAUAAAGAGUAUUUUGCUGUGCCAUACUCUCUUCCCAAAUUGGAUAUGAUUGCAAUCCCUGAUUUUGCAGCUGGGGCCAUGGAGAACUAUGGCUUAGUUACGUACCGUGAAACAGCAUUGCUCUAUGAUGAUCAGCAUUCUGCAGCUGCUAACAAACAGAGGGUUGCUAUUGUAGUGACUCAUGAGCUGGCACACCAGUGGUUUGGUAAUCUUGUAACAAUGGAAUGGUGGACACACUUGUGGUUGAAUGAGGGUUUUGCAACAUGGAUAAGCUACUUGGCAGCUGAUAGCUUGUUUCCAGAGUGGAAAAUAUGGACUCAAUUUCUUGCUGAAACAACAGAGGGUCUCAGGUUGGAUGGGCUUCAAGAAUCCCAUCCUAUUGAGGUGGAUAUUAAUCAUGCUGGUGAAGUUGAUGAGAUAUUUGAUGCAAUAAGUUAUAGAAAGGGUGCCUCAGUUAUUCGCAUGCUACAAAGCUAUCUAGGGGCUAAACCCUUUCAGGGAUCACUUGCUUCAUACAUAAAAAAACAUGCUUACUCAAAUGCAAAGACAGAAGACUUAUGGGCAGCCCUUGAAGAGGGAUCUGGGGAACCUGUGAAAAAGCUGAUGAAUUCAUGGACAAAGCAGAAGGGUUAUCCUGUUGUCUCUGUCAAAGCCAAAGAUCAGAAAUUGAAAUUUGAGCAGUCACAAUUUUUGUCUAGCGGUUCUUCUGGUGAGGGGCAAUGGAUUAUCCCCAUAACAUUAUGUUGUGGUUCAUAUGACAAGCAAAAGAACUUCCUGUUGCAAACUAAGUCUGAAACUCUGGAUAUGGAGGAGUCCCUAGGUUGCUCAGUAGCUGCAUGUUCUUGGAUAAAGCUUAAUGUGGACCAAACUGGUUUCUAUAGGGUGAAAUAUGACGAGGACCUUGCAGCUAAACUUAGACAUGCAAUAGAGAGGCAAGAGUUGACUGCAACAGACAGAUUUGGCAUUCUGGAUGAUUCUUUUGCACUUUGUAUGGCGUGCCAGCAACCUUUGACUUCCUUGCUUGCCCUGAUGGGUGCCUACACAGAGGAGCUUGACUAUACUGUCCUCUCUAACUUGAUUAGUACAAGUUUGAAAGUUGACAGGAUUGUAGCAGAUGCAAGACCAGAGUUAGCGGACAACACUAGACAAUUUUUUAUAAACCUUUUCCGGAAUUCUGCUGAGAGACUUGGUUGGGAGUCUAAGAAAGGGGAGAGUCAUCUGGAUGCAUUGUUGAGAGGAGAAAUUCUGACUGCUCUUGCUGAGCUUGAGGAUGAUGAGACACUGAAUGAAGCAAGUAGAAGGUUUCAAGUAUAUUUGAAUGACAGAAACACACCCCUUCUCCCUCCUGAUACAAGAAAGGCAGCAUACGUAGCUAUAAUGCAGAAAGUCAGCACAUCAAACAGAUCGGGUUUUGAAUCUCUUUUGAGAGUUUAUAGAGAGACUGAUCUAAGCCAAGAGAAAACUCGCAUUCUAAGUGCGUUAGCGUCUUGUCCAGAUAAGGGUAUUACUUUGGAAGUUCUCAACUUUUUGUUAUCAUCUGAGGUUCGCAGCCAAGAUGCUGUGUUUGGACUUUAUGUCAGUAGGGAAGGACGUGAAACUGCCUGGAAAUGGUUGAAGGACAACUGGGACCAUAUCGAAAAAACCUAUGGUUCUGGAUUUCUAAUAACUCGCUUCGUCAGUGCUGUUGUCUCACCAUUUGCUUCAUUUGAGAAAGCCAAGGAGGUUGAGGAGUUCUUUGCACCCAGGACAAAGCCUUCAAUUGCCAGAACCAUCAAGCAAAGCAUUGAAAGGGUCCACAUCAACGCGAAGUGGGUUCAGAGCAUCCAAAAUGAGGAAGAUCUGGCUGAUGCUGUGAUCGAGCUAGCAUACGGAGAAGACUACUAGGAUGAGCUUCUAGCUCAUCUCCCCCGUUUCUCUCCCGUUCUCAAGAAGUAGUGGCUUUUACAGCUUUUAUAGUUUAUAUCCUGCUACACUAAUAUUAUAAAUAAUGCACGCGAGAGCUGCUGGUACACGAGGUUGUAAAUAUAUAUACAUAUAUUUCAUCGUUUGCUAGAGACCUGCUACUUUCAUUUCAUUUUAGUUGUUACUAAAACCUUUUACACCCA